CAGGCUCGAGGUCUUCGAGUUGGCAACCUCCUCCCCUUCACAGCCCCGUCUAUAUCCCAGCAAUUUCCUGAUAGCACUCUCCUGCUCCGACUGAGGACGUCGACUGCCGUGAUGGAUCAACUACAUCAGUUCCACCAUCCUCGAAGAAUACAAGUCCUUUUUCCCCUUGUCAUUCUCCUCCUCUCCUUCCUCUCAAGUGGCACCCAAGGUUUCCUCCUCUUUCCGUCCUCCAUCCUCUCCUCAGCACCUUCUCGCAACAUUCGCCUCCCUCAAAGAGCUUCUCCAUGUUCCUCCCGUAAUCUGCCUUCCACUUCAUCUCGACUCCUCCCCUUUUACCCAGCGUCACUGUCCUCUUCCCUCUCCUUCGACCCUAGCCGCUUCGUCCGCCCACAGACCCAGAGUCUGGCUGCGUCUUCCUCCUCCCCCGAAGAGGAAGGCAAUAACGAAAACACGGCAGAAGAAAGCGCGGCGAUUUGGGGAUUAACGGACCUGGGCAACAGCAAUUUUGGAAAGUUUGGCUCCGAGCAAGACCCGCACCGGAAUAUCCGUCCCCAAUUUUUGGAUGGGAGAGGGGCUCCUUGGAAGGAAGGCGCAGAUUUCUUGCCAGAGCUCAUGGAAAUCAAAAUGCGCAUUCAAGGUGUCAAUGUCUAUCUGGUGGGCAUGCCUGGCUCGGGCAAGACGACGUUGGGCCGCAUGCUGGCCGAGGGGCUGCAAUACCGGUGGAUGGACUUGGACCAAUUCAUUGAGCAAAAGUUGGGGAAAGCCGCGACGAAGGUCUUCGAGGAGGACGGGGAGGAGGUAUGGCGCAAGCAGGAGACGUUGGGCAUGGGCGCCUUACAGACGUACGUCCAGACAGUGGUGAGCACCGGGGGAGGGAUCAUGCAGCGGAAGGAGAACCUGCCCUUUUUGCACAGCGGCCUCAUCGUCUGGCUCGAUCUGCCGCCCGAGGGGAUCGUGGCGCGCAUGCAGUCCUCGGGAGAGAUCGAGAAGCGGCCGUUGCUGAAGGCGGCCUCGGACCCGGUCCAGGCCGUCCGUUCCUUGUACGAAGAGCGGAAAGGCAACUAUGCCCUGGCGGACGUCCGGGUCGUCCUGCGGGGGGAGGACGACGCGGUCAAAUGCUUGAAGCGGGUGGCACACCGGAUCAUUGAGGAGUUGGAUCUGCGGCCUCCAAAAGCAAAGAUGUGGGAGGAGAAGCGGAACAAGAUGAAGAAUUUGUGGGAGACCAUGAAAGCCAAGGGGAGCAUGACGGAUAUCAACGAGGUGCCGGCGGAGGAGGGGGGGGAGAACCCGACCAUCGGGGCGAUCAAGGCGUUAAACCGAGAUAGUAAGGGCAAGGGGG